GGAAGUGUAUAGAGAAAUGAUCGAAGAGCUUGAUAAAAUAUUAAUUAGAUUCGUAUCAUAUUUGAACCAGUUGUAAGCUUCGAAGAGUCGAGGAAGAAGGACAAGUACUAAUUAGUCUCUCUCGACUCUCUGAAACUGUACGAGCUUACGUAUGUAUUCGUGAUGUGACAUAGUGUUCGUAAAUGGCGUAAUAUGUAUGAUCACAGUUGGAAUCUCAGUUCACGUGGUUACCGGACAAAUACGAUUCAAGCGAACACAAAGAACGGUGUCGCUGAGUUUUAAGUUUUCAACGAUCGUACAACAGUAAUAUCGAAACGUGGACAGCGUAAGAGAUUGCUUAACCUCUGAUAUCAAGACUCGUCUAGAAAAAUGAACACACAGAAAAGAAAGAAAGACUAUUAUCAAAAAAAUGGAAAUAACCUAAAAAAACAUAAACAGUUCUCUUUGGAAAUAGGUAUGACAGGUUUCUUAUGCACAUGUAAUUUUCGUGAGAAAGAUUGUGUACGCGAUGCUUAUAAAUUACUAUCCGAAUUUGCCGAUGAGAUUUAUGGAUCGCAUACUGUGCAGGACUCUGAUAACGACAAUACCAAAGUGUCCACGACGGAACAAGACGAUUCUGUUAAUUCUAAGACGGAACAAGACGACGAAAAGGAUGACAUAUCGACCGCUUUGAAUAAAGAAAUUAAUGAAUUGAGAGCGGAAUAUAAGAAGCCGAUAGCUGCCAGAAGAUUUCAGGCAGUUGACACUGGCGUGAAGAAUGUAAUUUUUAUAAAAAGUACAUUGCCCGAUCCUUUGGAGUUAGUCACUAAAAUUGUUACAGAAUUGGACAAAACUAAACAGCAACGUACAAGAUACUUAUUGAGAUUACUUCCGAUUGAAGUUGUAUGCAAAGCGUACAUGGACGACAUCAAACUGAAAGCAGAUGUAGUGCUUGAAAAGUAUUUUGCGCAAGAACCGAAAACCUUCAGUAUCGUGUUUAAUCGUCACUGCAACAACAACAUACACAGAGACGAAGUCAUCGAAGACUUGGCAGAGAUAAUAAACAAGAAGAAUCCUGGAAAUAAAGCAGAUUUGAAGAAUCCAGAACUUGCGGUGAUAGUGGAAGUAAUACGCGGCAUCUGUCUUAUAUCUAUUGCUCCAAAUUAUUAUAAAUUCAAAAAGUACAAUUUGCUCGAAAUAUGCAACAUUAAAGAACCUACAAACAGCACGAAGAAAACAAACUCUGAGAAAGAUAAAGAUUCAAAAGGUGAUGAGAAAGAUUCAGAAGAGAAUGCAAAUUUGCCAGAAGAUACAACUGAUAACAAAGAAACCAGCAAUUAACAUAUACUAUUAAUAUUACCAAUGCUUAUUUGAUACUUUUUUCACUGACUCAGGUUAUGUUAGACAACAAGAUUAUUAUUUAAUUUUCUUAUUUUUUACGACAACAGUAAUUUA